AUGUGGAUUUCAACUAAGCAAAUAGUCGGUUCACCUAAUCAUUUAUAUCAAUUAUUCUAUGUUCUGUUCUCAAUUUUUUUUAAACUAUUAACAUCACCUGUUUUCGAUGGACCACAAUGUUUGCCAGUAAGUGGAGGUAGUCUUCCAACUACAAUUAGGGAAGCUCUUGACUUAAUUCCAUUAGACGAUGUCGUAGAAAUUUAUAUGGUCGCCAUUAGUAAUGAUAAAGAAGUUCAAGAAGUUAUGGAAUUCGUUCAAUCUGAUGAUUUUAUAAAAAUUGUAACUGCUGUUAACAAGCAUCCAAAAUUUCAUGAGGUAUUAAAAUAUGCAUGCGAUGAACUUUACUUAGACGCUUUUUAUCACUUGAAUAUUGCUCACGAAUAUUUGGGAGAGCCAACAAUUGAAUGA